UGGGUGUUGUCCAGUGUAUAAAAGAGAGAAAUCCUGUGUGCUGUGUACCAUCAGGAGUUCAGACUAAAGACUGCAGUGUGAGCCAGAACCUAUCUACACACACAACUAUGAAAUCAGCCAUCGUCUUUCUUGCCUGCCUGCUGGUCCUCUGUGCACAAGGCCAACCAGCCAACAGAUCUAAUACAUGCAAGUGUUUAAACAGUUACGUCGGCAGGAUCAGCCGACAGCUCGUCAAGGGAGAGCCAGUCAUACACCAGCCAAGUAUCUUCUGUCCUCGUACUGAGAUUAUUAUUACAAUAACAGGGAAUAAGGAAAAAUGCGUGAAUCCACAGUCACCACUCGGAAAACUCAUCCUGAAAAACAGUAACAAGCACGAGAAGAAAGGAGCUGCGAGCAUGACCACGACUUCAAGUCAGACCAAUACUUGGAGUUCACCAAGACUCCACAGCACAGCCAAGCUGUAGGACUCCACACUGAAGAUGAUGUAGUGGAAAGGAAGCACUUUUGCUGUAAUAGAGAGUUGCUCAUCAUCAUUGACUUUGUUAUGUUAAUACAACAAGUGGGUUUAACUAUGUUCUCAAUGGCCAGUGUUGCGUUUCUGUUCUCUUUACUGAAGUUGUUUUUACAUGUAUUUAUUUGAAGUAAAUAACCUGUACAUGUGUUUUUUUUAAAUAUGCAAAAUAAAACUGAGACUUUGA